UCGUUACGGCAGAAAUAAUCAGCUGUACGUAGUAAGUGUGUGUGCGCGCUCUGUAUACCGGGUAAAAUCUCACGAUAGAGCUUUGACAGCUCGCCGGCGUUUGAUGCUUGUAAAUAAGACGCAGGCGACCGUUUCGUCACUGCUGUCCGCCAUUUGGCACAAUGUCUGGAGGUACCAGUGUGCUGUCUCUCAAGGAGGAUGACGUGAGGCGAUUCCUGGCGGCCAAGACUCAUCUCGGCACAACAAACCUAGAUUUCCAAAUGAAGGAGUACUGCUUCAAACGACGUUCCGACGGCAUACAUCUAAUAAACAUUAAGAAGACAUGGGAAAAACUGCUACUGGCUGCCCGUGCCAUCGUUGCCAUUGAGAACCCUGCCGAGGUGUGCGCCAUCUCAUCGCGUUCGUAUGGACAGCGGGCGGUGCUCAAGUUUGCGAGCUUCACAGGUGCCACACCCAUCGCUGGCCGCUUCACACCUGGAACCUUCACUAACCAGAUCCAAGCUGCAUUCCGCGAACCACGGCUGCUGGUCGUGUGCGAUCCGCGGGCGGACCAUCAGCCCGUCACAGAGGCGUCGUACGUCAACCUGCCAGUGAUAGCCUUCUGCAACACGGAUGCCAGCCUGCGCUACGUGGAUAUCGCCAUCCCGUGCAACAACAAGAGCCAGCACUCCAUUGGACUGCUCUGGUGGAUGCUGACGCGGGAGGUGCUCCGCAUGCGUGGGUCCAUCCUGCGGGACAUCCCCUGGGAGAUCAUGGUUGACCUGUUCUUCUACCGCGAUCCCGAGGAGGCAAGUAAAGAAGAACAGGCGCAGCAAGCUUUGCCCGAGCGCGGCCUCAAGGAGACAGUGGAGUACACGACCGAGCAGUGGGGCGGAGGAGACAUCACCGGAACGCAGCCUGAUGUCACAGAUUGGUCUGCUGCUGUCGAUGUGCCAACCUUCCCAGCGACCGUGACGGCGGCACCUGUGGUCGUGCCACCGGCACCCGUGGUAACCGAAGACUGGUCGGCAGCUGCCAUUGAGGACUGGUCUGCUGCACCACCUGCUCCGGCCAGCGGGACGGGCACCGAGUGGGGGGCCGGCAAUGACACCAACUGGAACUAAGUUGUGAUCUCAGCGGGAACAAGUUGGAAGCUGAACCAAAGUUUGCCGCACAAUGUUAUUUUUUUGUAAACAUUGCAUCAUGCUAGUCACACAGUCUGUUACCAAAAAAAGCAUGAACCAGGAGAGCUUACACUUUUCAGAAGAUAACUUGCUUCCCUCUCCUCUCAUGCUCAUCAUGUGUUCAUCUAAGUCAUUUUAUAAUUUUGAAAUUGCUUUUAUGUAAAGAUCCCGUCGCCCCAAAAGCGUGAAUGCAUUGUGCGCCGAACUGUGCGUAGUACCCGGUGAACUGCGAGGUUCUUGUACCAGGAACGUUUUGGACCAGUUUCUCCUGAAACAGGUGCACGGAAGUGAGAGAACCUUCCGAUCUGAGCUCCUUUUGCAACACACUUGCUGCCAAAGAUGGAAAUGUAUUGUUAAAACAAAGAUGGGAGGUGCGUCCAACUGUCUUUUCACACAUAUCAUGCAGGGUACAAACUAUUUAUUCAUUGACAAAUGAACUGUUUUCAUUGAGAUA